AAGUCAAGAAAUAACAUUAUAUAAUUCUCAAUCUUCCAAAACAAAUUCCCAAACUCGAACUCAUAACAACUUCUGUUUCUUCUCUCUCAAGUCUGAAUCAAAACUCAAUGGAAUCACGUAACCGCUGUUCCGUUAUCAUCAUCGGAGCAGGAAUCUCCGGCAUAGCCGCAGCUCGGGUGUUAGCGAAGAACGGAGUGGAGGACAUUUUGAUCCUAGAAGCGUCCGAGUGCAUCGGCGGACGGAUGAAGAAACACAGCUUUGGAGGCGUUGUGGUGGAGCUGGGUGCUGGUUGGAUAGCAGGUGUUGGAGGUGAGAAACCGAAUCCGGUUUGGAAUCUGGCUGUUGAAUCCGGUUUGCGUACCUGUUAUUCGGAUUAUAGCAAUGCUCGCUUCAAUAUUUACGAUCGGAGUGGUAACAUAUAUCCGAGUGGGGUAGCCUCUGACGCGUAUAAGAAAGGAGUUGACUCAGCGAUUCGAAAGUUACGUGAGGACGAACCCCAUAAUGCCACAACACCAGAAACGCCUAUUGAGAAAGCAAUUGAUUUUAUUCUACAUGAUUUCGAAAUGGCUGAGGUGGAGCCGAUAUCAACUUAUGUUGAUUUUGGAGAGAGUGAGUUUUUGGUGGCGGAUGAACGAGGUUACGAGUAUUUACUGUACAAAGUGACGGAGGAUUUCUUGUUGAUGUCCGAUGGAAAAAUUUUAGAUGAUCGUCUCAAACUAAACACGGUUGUUAGAGGGAUAAAUCAGUCGACUGACGGAGUUACGGUGACAACCGAGGGUGGUUGCGUUUACGAAGCCAACUACGUUAUAUUGUCGGUUAGUAUUGGUGUCCUUCAAAGCCAACUCAUCUCUUUCAACCCUCGCUUACCGAGGUGGAAAAUUGAAGCCAUUGAGAAAUGUGAUAUUAUGGUGUACACAAAAAUCUUCCUCAAGUUUCCAUAUAAGUUUUGGCCUUGUGGCCCUGGAAAAGAGUUCUUCAUUUAUGCCCAUGAACAAAGAGGCUACUACACAUUUUGGCAGCACAUGGAGAACGCAUAUCCGGGGUCCAAUAUGCUUGUUGUGACAUUGACAAAUGAAGAAUCUAAGCGCGUUGAAUCUCAAUCGGACCAAGAAACCAUGAAAGAAGCAAUGGGAGUGCUUAGGGACAUUUUUGGGCCCGACAUUCCAGAAGCCCUAGACAUACUUGUGCCACGCUGGUAUAACAAUCCAUACCAGCGUGGUAGUUAUAGUAACUACCCGAUCUAUGCUGAUUCUCAAAUGGUUGAAAACAUGAAGGCUCCCGUAGGACGGAUAUUUUUCACCGGAGAGCAUACAAGUGAAAAGUUUAAUGGUUAUGUCCAUGGUGGGUACUUGGCAGGCCUAGACACCGGAGAAUCUUUGUUGGAAAAGAUGAAAGCCGAGAAAGAUCGCGAAACCAAAAACAAAACUAUUCUACAGCCGUUGCUCGCGAUACCAUUACCGAAAACAGAAGUAGUGGGUAGUCUCCAAAAAUGUGAUAUGCAUAGACGGCAUUUCCAUGAUGAUUGCAAUAGGGGGCUAACCGAAGUCACCCUAUGACUACCACGAAAAACCAAACCAAAAAACUUUUGCAUAUUAUUAAACUUAACAUGAUAAAAGUGUUCAAUUUUAUUUUGUUAGACCACUGUGGGUUGGUAUCUUGUUUUUUUAUAGAGUAUAACGAGCAAUUUUUUAAUUUUUUUUGUAUCGGGAUAUUUAUAUGCUAGUUUAUGGACAUGUGUUUAUAAAUA